CAGGAACGCGGAGCACUACCGAGAGCUUCCUCGCUCCGGACGCCCUGGACGUGGCCCUUGGCCGGCUGCAGCGAGGGUGACCACCAUGAUCCCCUGGGUGCUCUUGGCCUGUGCCCUCCCCUGUGCUGCUGACCCGCUGCUUGGCGCCUUCGCUCGCAGGGACCCCCAGAAGGGCUCCCCUCAACUCAUCUGCAGCCUGCCUGGCCCCCAGGGCCCACCCGGCCCCCCAGGGGCCCCAGGACCCUCAGGAAUGGUGGGAAGAAUGGGCUUUCCUGGCAAAGAUGGCCAGGAUGGCCAGGACGGGGACCGGGGAGACAGCGGAGAGGACGGUCCACCUGGCCGAACAGGUAACCAGGGAAAGCCAGGACCAAAGGGCAAAGCCGGGGCCAUUGGGCGGGCUGGCCCUCGCGGCCCCAAGGGGGUCAGUGGCACCCCCGGGAAGCAUGGCACACCAGGCAAGAAGGGGCCCAAGGGCAAGAAGGGGGAGCCGGGCCUCCCAGGCCCCUGCAGCUGUGGCAGCAGCCGUGCCAAGUCAGCCUUCUCAGUGGCAGUGACCAAGAGCUACCCACGGGAGCGGCUGCCCAUCAAGUUUGACAAGAUUCUGAUGAAUGAGGGUGGUCACUAUAAUGCAUCCAGCGGCAAGUUUGUCUGUGGUGUGCCAGGGAUCUACUAUUUCACCUAUGACAUCACGCUGGCCAACAAGCACCUGGCCAUCGGCCUAGUGCAUAAUGGCCAGUACCGCAUCCGGACCUUCGACGCCAACACGGGCAACCAUGAUGUGGCCUCGGGCUCCACCAUCCUGGCUCUCAAGCAGGGUGAUGAGGUCUGGCUACAGAUCUUCUACUCAGAGCAAAAUGGGCUCUUCUAUGACCCUUACUGGACCGAUAGCCUCUUCACAGGCUUCCUCAUCUAUGCCGACCAGGAUGACCCCAAUGAGGUGUAGACAG